AUGUCGCGAAUCCAGAAAGUCGGGUCGGAAACAACCACCACGCCUUUGGGGGUUGAGAAUAAUGGCGACGAUUUACACGUUCUCUCCGAUCGCUUUGCUGAUGAGAGUUAUAAGCUCUUUCAAAAACUCCAAGUAACAGACCCAACGCCGGAAGAAGCACGGCGAAUCCGAAACAAAUGCCUAUGGCGGAUUUUGCCUUUUUUGUGCAUUGGAUAUCAUCUGAUGUAUGUUGAUAAACAAACGCUGGGCAACUCGGCGAUUCUCGGUUUCAUGACUGACGCUCACCUCAAUUCAGUUCAGUAUAACUGGCUGUCUUCUAUUUUCUACUUUGGUUAUCUCCUAGCAGAAUGGCCGCAAAACUGGGCUUUGCAGAAGUUCCCGGUAGCCAAGUGGUUGGCUGGCAAUCUGGUAAUAUGGGGCGGAAUUACGCUUCUCCAUAUUCCUUGUAAUAACUUCGCCUCUCUGUUUGUGGUUCGAUUUUUGCUUGGAUUGUCCGAAGCCUGCAUCGUCCCGGCCUUUCUUCUCUCCAUGUCGAUGUUUUUCACCUACCAAGAACAAGCUGUCAUGAUGCCGAUAAUGUGGUCAAUCGGGAAUGCAAGUCCUAUAACAUCGGGCUUGCUGUCCUACGGUGUGCUUUGGAUUGAUACCGAUGGAUUUGCUCCUUGGAGGUGGUUUAUGGUUAUUACCGGCACUAUCACAGUCAUAUUUGGUGUUUUUGUCUAUUUUUUGUUCCCGGAUAGCCCUUUACAUGCCAAAUUCCUGACAUAUGAGGAGCGGGCACAAGCGGUUCUGAGGAUAAAACAGAACCAUUCUGGCAUUGAGCAAAAGACAUUUAAGAAAUACCAAUUUGUCGAGGCGCUUAAAGACACCAAAACGUGGCUAUUCUUCCUCCAUGCCUGGUCUCAAGAAAUGGCCAAUGGGCUCACAAAUCAAUAUUCGUUGAUUAUAAACUCAUUCGGGUUUUCGGUUCUACAAACAACCCUCCUUGGCACAGUGACUGGAGCUGUCUCCUUUGUGUGUCUUAUUUCUGCGGCAUUGGUCUUGUACAAGACUAGAAACUGUCGAGCCUGGAUAUCACUUGCUUCGUAUAUACCCGGAGCACUCUCGAGUAUACUUCUCUUAAGUCUUCCGUGGUCAAAUCGUUGGGGUCUGAUUGUUGGCAUAUGGCUCCGGUCAACCACUGGGAUUGCAUAUGCAGUUGUGAUGAUCUGGGCUGCUAAUGCAUCGGCUGGCCAUACAAAAAAGACUACUGUUAUUGCACUGUACCAUAUUGGAUAUGGACUGGGCAAUAUUAUAUCACCCCAGCUCUUCCAACCGCAAUGGAAACCACGAUAUCGACCCACUUGGAUUAUUUUACUCGUGGUCGCUGCAAUCCUGCCUUCGAUCUGCAUAGUAGCCCUGAGGAUCCUUCUCCAAAGAGAAAACAAGCGCCGCGACAGACUUGUAGAAGAUAAUCAAGUGCGGGAUGAUGGGCUUGUUGAGACACUUAGCGACAACGGUACCAAGGUCACUCAGGUGGUGGACAAUAAUCAACUUGAUUUGACAGAUAGAGAAAACUUGACGUUGUAG